AUGGCGACGACCUACGUUAUCCAACAAGUCAUAUCCAGAACCCAUCUUCAUCUUGAGAGGAGAGUCGCCGGUCCCGCAUGGGAACUUCUUGCGCAAGGUGCCGCGAAGCAACUUGACAAAGACCCCGACGACUUAUUCGAGAAAACCAGCAGCUUCUUCGAGGAGGUACGGGAGAUGAUGGAAAGUGAGAACCUGAGCCAGGCCCGGAAAACAGCAUACGAGGAACAUAGCAUCGACACUAUGGCUACAAUGAUUUUCGGUUCAAAUAUGAUUGAGAAAGCUGGAUCUACAGAAAGACUCUGCAAAGACGUCUUCACCGGGGUUACUGUGGCCUCAGAGAUACUCGACAUCACCAAACCAUCAAUCGCAGCCGUCUGGAAAUCACCCAACACGCCACAGCAUGGACCUACCUCCUCUCCUCCCUCCUCUCCGAGCCUCACCUCAUCCCACCUCCUCACCACCCACCUCAUCCUCUGCGCCGACCUCCCCCUCGACGAUCACACCCCCUACGCCGGCCUCUAUCGCCUCGUCUCCGUCCACGCCGGCCUCACGCCCUCCCCUCCUUAUACCGGUGUCCCCAGCCUCAUUCGCACUCUAGUGCACGACUACAACGUUGCUAUCGAUUUUGCGAAAUCAGCGGGAUUUCUGUAUCCGUUCGCGCUGGCGGAGGUUUGCGCAUCGGUUUGUGAAUAUCCAUCCAUUUGUGGAUGGGAAUGGGAGGGUGUGUAG